AUGUCUAAAACUGUUGUUAUAAAGUCACCAGCGGAAUUCAGUAACUUACUGAAGACCUCUAAAAUUGUUGUAACAGAUUUUUAUGCGGACUGGUGUGGACCAUGCAAAGCUAUUGCGCCUAUCUACGAGCAGCUUUCUGCACAGCUAUCUCGUCCAAAUAGGAUUACAUUUACCAAGGUUAAUGUCGACAAUCAGACAGAGAUUGCUUCCACCUAUGGUGUCACUGCGAUGCCAACUUUCAUAAUCUUUAGGAAGGGCAAACAAGUCGAGAAAGUCCAAGGUGCCGAUCCAAACAGACUGCAAGAUAUUGUGAAAAAGUUAGCUGCAGAAGCAGAUAAAUCAGACGAUUCAUCGUCAGGAUUUGCAAGUGGUUCUGGCGAUUGGCGUACAGGCGCUUUACCAAAGGGUUACAGCGAUGUGACUGAUCAGGUUGAUAUCAAGGGUCUCGAACUGUUGAAUGCCGACAGUGAGUUCGGGGGUGUACGAACAUUGGUUGACACGAACAAGCCUAGCGCUUUGUCGAAGGGAAAGGGAGCAGAUUCGAAGGCAAAGGACUGGGUUGUCAGUGAUACGGAUGAGCAGCUAAUGUUGUUCGUGCCAUUCCAAUCUACUUUAAAGGUUCAUACUGUUCAGAUCACGUCCCUACCUUCAGCAACCGAUGACGAGGACGACGAAGAAGUGCCAAUGCGACCAAAAACCAUCCAGAUUUACACAAACCGAGCUCACAUUGUUGGUUUCGACGAGGCUGAUGAUCUUCCUUCCACACAAACUAUUACACUGGAAGCUAAUGAUUGGGAUUCAACUGGAACUGCUACAUUAUCGCUUCGCUUUGUCAAGUUCCAAAAUGUUACAAGCUUGGUUUUCUUCAUCGUUGAUGGUGAUGGAGAUGGAGAGAAAGUGCGCCUUGAUCGCAUUAGAAUUAUUGGAGAAACUGGUGAAAAGCGCGAUCCAGGAAAGCUGGAGAAGAUCGAUGAUGGCCAUUAA